UGCAAUGAUUAAGCAUAACAACGCCUUAAGCCUUAUGGCACAAGGAAAUACAAAGGAUAUCGCAACGGAAGGACAUUGCGAAGCAGAAUUCCGAGCUCACUGUUACAGAGCAAGUGUUGCAAUGCAUACAAACACAUAUAGACCACUCUAUGAGCAGCAUUUGACACUAGGAAACCUAUGUGACGAAAAAGAACGAACUUCUAGAAGAGGCACUAAAACAGUAAUUGGCGCAGCAAUGCUGUAUUUGGUAAUCGGAUACCCAGCGCAAUUCGCAGGAAUGGGACUGCAUAUCGCAUCUUACAUGGGAGUUAUAGGCAAUGAUGAACGAGUUGGGUACAAAGGAAUAGCGGCAGUCUACCUAGUGGCCACGGCAUUCCAGGCAAUGGCAGGACUGCUUACAUCACAUGUGACACAAAGUAUAGAUAAAAGAAUGCUAACGCGCUGCGCUUGCCUAGGCAUAAGUAUGUGUAUUAUGGGAGCAUCCGCGUGGCUACAUAACUAUACAGUGUUCCUACUGCUGUACGGCGUGGGCGCUGGACUGUGCUCAGGACUGGUUAUGUGGCUGCCAGCGGAAUCCGUGAUCAAACAUAACCCAAACUCAAAAGCGUUCAGCUGCAGCAUGAUGUACGCCAUUGCGGGCACUGUACUUACUAUAGUAGGACCACUGCAACUGGCAUACCUCAGCCCAUGGUGGCUACACAAAGAAAAGACCACACCGACACAACAAAGACAAAUCGCACCAAAUAAUUGGUACUACAACAACACAGAAGAAUUGUAUCGCACCAAGAAAAUAAUAAUGUCAAUCGGAAUCGUUUACCUCCUCAUAACGAUCAUAGGAAUAAGAUGGGCAUUCCCCGAAAUGGAACCUAACGAAUUCGACAACGGAAAUCAGAAAACCUCAGAAUAUGUGCCAUUUGCAAUCAAAGAAAGGAACAAAGGGAACCAGGACGUUAAACAAUACGACUGGUGCGAUAAGCUGUGUACAUGGCUGCUGUCCUUUUUCACAUGGCAAGCCGUAAUAUAUAUCCACUCCUGCUGGAGAAGCACCGCUGUACUGGAGUACAAGGUCCAAGCAAAGUCUAUAGUCGCAACAGAACUAUUCGUAAGAUGCGUAAGCCUAGUAGGACGCGUAAUUUGGGGCCUGGUGUUGGAAUCUCACGGAUGGCGCCAAACGUGGAUAGCCUUUUCACUAAUGCUACUCGCAAUGACAGUCACACUGACACAGUUCUACAAAUCCAGCUUUGCUCUAUACGUCGCAUGGCUAGCUGCAAUGUACUUCGCAAACUCAGCCAUUUUCUGCGUGGUGCCAAUCACUGCAAACCAACUCGCCAAACAAGAGGAGUUCACCCAAGUAGUUGGAAUCAUGGGAACAUCCAGAGCACUCGCAGGAGCAACCGCCUUCACAAUUUCAAUGUUGUGGCCCACCUUGCUGAGGCAAAGCGUGCCAGGACUUAUCUCACUCCUCAGUGUAGGCAACCUCGUAGCAGUGAACUUUUGCCAAUCGUAGUACUAGACUGAAUAAAUAGA